AUGGCUUCAAAUAAUGACGAUGAGCUACAGGGGGCUUGGUAUUUUGGAUCAAAUGCAUACGAUUCACAGUCUAGCUCCAAUUAUGAGGAGGAACCACAAGAAAUUGAUGCACAACAAAUAGAACAGCAAGAUCAACGUAAAUCAAGGCUUACAAACGAGUUGAGGCAUCUCAUUUUACAUGAAAUGUUGUCACUUAAAGUAAGUGACUCACUCCCACAUGGUACAUUCGUACGAAUAGCAAACAAAUACGGUUACACACCAAGAUCAAUUCGAAACUUAUGGAAACGUGCAAUUGAAACCAAAGAAGAAAACAAGCCUUAUGUUGUCGAUUCAAAGUACAAGAAUUGUGGAAGAAAAAGAGUUCAAGUGCCACCAAACGUACUUGAAUCAAAACCAAUGGGUGAACGUACAUGCAUAAGAGAUGUUGCAACAUGUUUAGACUUGGCACCAACAACGGUUUGGCGAUUGAUACGAAGGGGGGAGAUUAAGGCACAUUCAAAUCCAUUAGACCCUUCUUUAACGGAUGCAAACAAGGCAAGAAGGGUUGAGUGGAUUUUAAGUCUCAUUCAAGAAGAUACAAUUCAUCAUCAUCCAAUGUAUAAAGGUAUGUAUGACUUCAUACAUAUUGAUGAAAAAUGGUUUUACUUAACCAAGAAGACACAAAGAGUUUAUCUAGCACACAAAGAAAAAAUUCCAUAUAGGGCGGCAAAGUCAUCAAAAUUCAUUCCAAAAGCCAUGUUUUUAGGGGCGGUUGCAAGGCCUAGAUGGAAUCAAUAUGGCCAAUGCACAUUUGAUGGGAAAAUCGGAAAUUUCCCUUUCGUAAGUAGAGUUGCAGCACAAAGAAAUUCAAUUAACCGUCCAAAGGGGUCUAUAGAAAUUAAACCAACUGAGUCGGUUACUCAGGAAGUUUAUAGGAGCAUGCUCAUAGAACAAUUAAUUCCAGCAAUUCUUAGAAAAUGCCCAAGUGAUGGUCCAUCGAUAAUUUCAUCCAACAAGAUAAUGCAAGGGAGCAUACAAUCACUUAUGCAUAAGAAAAUGCCAAAGAACAUGAAUGAGUUAAUAAAAGCAGUGGAAGAUGCAUUCGAAGAGUUACAUCCAAAGACUUUAACCAAUGUUUGGAUUUCAUUACAACACCACUUAAAUGAAAUCCUAAAGGUUAAAGGGUCUAAUGACUAUGUUCAGCCACACCUAGGGAAGAAAGUUCAAGAAGACAAUGGAAGGUUACGAAUACAAGUGCGAGUACCAUCACAAUUGGUUAGGGAAUGUGUACGUUUCCUUAACCCAAGCACAAAUCAGCAAGGCACACAAACAGAAAAUGAAGAUGCUGCACAACAUAAUCAACAAAUACUUGAAGCAUAUGAUGAAGCAGUGGAAGAAUCUCAAAGAUGA